AUGUGGAAGCUUAAAUUGUCUGAAGCAGAUGAAGAUGAUCCAAUUUGGCUUACAAGCUCAAACAAUCAUGUCGGUAGAGAAUUUUGGAAGUUCGAUCCAAAUCUUGGAACCCUUCAAGAACGAGCUGAAAUUGAAAAGGUCAGAGAAGAAUUUCGUAGGAAGCGUUUUGAGAUCAAACAUAGCUCUGAUCUCCUACUGAGAAUCCAGUUUGCCAAGGAGAAUCCGUGUGAAAUGAAUUUACCACAAGUAAAAAUAGCAAGUGAAGAAGAAAUUACCGAGGAAGCAGUGGUAACUACCUUGAGAAGGGCACUAAGGUUUUACUCAAAUCUCCAGGCAGAGGAUGGGCACUGGCCUGGUGAUUAUGGUGGUCCUUUAUUUCUUUUGCCAGGCUUGAUUAUAGGUUUGUACAUCAUGGGAGCCAUAAAUACAGUUUUAUCAGGAGAACACCAAAAGGAAAUACGUCGAUAUCUGCACAAUCAUCAGAAUGAAGAUGGAGGGUGGGGUUUACAUAUAGAAGGUCAUAGCACCAUGUUUGCUACUGCCUUAAAUUAUGUCUCUUUGAGGCUGCUUGGACAAGCAGAAGAUGGUGGAGAUGGAUCCAUGGAGAAAGCACGAAACUGGAUUAUCGAUCAUGGUGGAGUCACUUUCAUCCCAUCAUGGGGAAAAUUAUGGCUUAGUGUACUUGGGGCUUAUGACUGGAGUGGCAACAAUCCUUUACCCCCAGAACUGUGGCUUCUUCCUUACUUUCUUCCAAUACAUCCAGGUCGUAUGUGGUGCCAUUGUCGCAUGGUGUACCUGCCUAUGUCAUAUUUAUAUGGGAGGAGGUAUGUUGGAAGGGUUGAUGGCACUGUUCUAUCACUCAGAAGAGAGCUCUAUGCGCAACCUUACCAUCAGAUUGACUGGAAUUUGGCCAGAAAUCAAUGUGCAAAGGAAGAUCUGUACUACCCACAUCCAUUAAUCCAGGACAUUCUCUGGGGUGGUCUACACAAGGUUGCAGAACCUCUUCUGAUGAAUUGGCCUCUCUCUAAGCUGAGGCAUAGAGCUUUAAGUAUUGUAAUGCAACAUAUUCAUUAUGAGGAUGAAAACACUCACUAUGUUUGCAUUGGACCUGUUAACAAGGUGCUAAACAUGGUCUGCUGUUGGGUAGAGGAUCCAAACUCCAAUGCAAUCAAAUCCCACCUUGCAAGAAUAAAGGAUUACCUCUGGGUGGCAGAAGAUGGCAUGAAAAUGAAGGGAUAUAAUGGAUCUCAGUUGUGGGAUGCAGCUUUGGCAGUUCAUGCAAUAAUUGCAACCAACCUUCAGGACGAAUAUGGGUUAAUGCUUAAAAAGGCACACAAAUUUAUUAAAGCUUCUCAGAUUGGGAAAGACAGUUCUGGAAAUCCUGUUUCGUGGUACCGCCACAUUUCAAAAGGUGCAUGGCCCUUCUCCACUCCAGACAAUGGCUGGCCGGUAUCAGAUACCACUGCAGAAGGCCUGAAGGCUGCUCUAUUGCUGUCGCGUAUGUCAUAUGAUGUUGCUGGAGAAGCAAUUGAACAAGAAAAGCUAUAUGAUGCGGUUAAUGUGCUUCUCUCCUACCAGAAUACUAGUGGAGGUUUUGCUUCCUAUGAGCUCACAAGAUCCUAUGCUUGGUUGGAGAUGAUCAACCCAGCAGAAACAUUCGGAGAUAUCGUCAUUGAUUACCAGUAUGUAGAGUGCACUUCAGCAGCAAUUCAGGCUCUCAAGUUUUUCACGAAAAUAUAUCCAGGAUAUCGUAGUAAAGAAAUAGAAGCAUGUAUUCAGAAGGCAAUGAAUUUCAUCGAAAGCAUACAACUUUCUGAUGGCUCAUGGUAUGGAUCUUGGGGAAUCUGCUUCACCUAUGGUACAUGGUUUGGCAUAACAGGCUUAUUGGCAGGAGGAAGGACCUAUGAGAAUUCUGAGAGCAUUAGAAAAGCUUGUGAUUUUUUACUAUCCAAGCAACUUCGCUUUGGUGGUUGGGGAGAGAGCUAUCUUUCUAGUCAAAACAAGGUAUAUACAGAAAUUGAAGGGAAUAAAUCACACAUCGUAAGCACAUCAUGGGCAAUGUUGGGUCUUAUUGAAGCUGAGCAGGCCAAAAGAGAUCCAAUACCUCUGCACCGUGCUGCAAAAGUGUUGAUUAACUCACAAUUGGAAACUGGAGACUUUCCACAACAGGAAAUUAUAGGAGUGUUCAAUAGAAACUGCAUGAUAAGCUACUCAGCCUACAGAAACAUCUUUCCCAUAUGGGCACUAGGAAUAUACCUCAACAAAGUAUUGCAACCUGGGAGGUGAUCAUGUUAACUCUAGAUCUGAGCAACCAGAAGAGUCUCAUUAUGAAAGAAGAAAAUGUACAUUAUAAAUAAACUUGACAAUGAGGUAUCUUAGUUGUCAACGUGAAAAUCCUAUCAAUGACAUGGUGGA